CGAAUUGCAAUAGUUGAUUGCGGCGCAUCAUCAGCCGCGGUGACUUGCCCGACCCGACUUUGCUGGCCCAUGCCUGCUUUAUUGGGUCUUUAAAUUUGGGCAUUUCAUAAUCAAAUUUGAUGCUUAGCCACAAGCUAGGAAGAGGAGAGUAUGGAGAGCUCUCGAUAUGUCGUUGAGGAGCUGCCAACAAUGGCAAAGGAUGUUUCCUUGUUGGAGCUGAGACAGAGGCUUGCUGAGUUCGCCCAUGUCAGAGGCUGGGAUCAGUUUCACAGCCCCAGAAAUCUCCUCCUAGCCUUGGUGGGAGAAGUAGGCGAGCUGUCGGAGAUAUUCCAGUGGAAGGGGGAAGUGGCAAGAGGGCUGCCCAACUGGACCCCGCGCGACAAGGAACACCUCGCUGAGGAACUCUCCGACGUCCUCCUCUACCUCAUCCAGCUGGCGGAUGUCUGUGGCCUCGACCUCGGCGAGGCAGCCCUCUCGAAAAUCAUCAAGAACGCCCGGAAAUACCCUGUCAUCGACCGAAACUACUCCUCCCCGGACCAUUAGCCUGGAAAUAUAAUUUGAGCAGGCUUGCUCUGCCAUACAUCAUAUCGAGCCAGUGUCGACCGUCCAAUAAGAGAGGCUCGUGAGAUCGUUGUGGUCUUCCUAAUCUAAUAUGGAAAUUUUUGUUUCUUUGUUCUCUCUUAGUGAGGAAUUGAUAGUGCAAAUCUUGUCAAUC